GAGCCAAAAGGCUCUAAUACGAAUGACUCCAAUAGUUCGGAAUUAUGUGUGUGGGAGGUAGGGUAUUAUGAUUACUGUAACUAACUUAGUAUGUAUUCACACUUGUAAUAUCAUACAACCACCAAAAGCCCAUAAAGUUAAGCAACCAUGCUCGUACUGUACUAGUACUAGUACAGUACUGUACUCACCGACUCACAACGCCUCACUCGUAAAACCCUAUCCCGACGCCUGGCUUUAUUUAUUUAUUUUUAUUUUUAUUUUCCUUUCAGGUCAAUCAUCGGCAUACUUGGGGGCGGGGGAAGGUUAUGUAUGUAUGUAUGUAUGUAUGAAGGUUUUCCCCGCUUCACAGCAUGCUGUGCACGGAAUCGCAUCUUCCGCAGAUCGCUCGCCCGGACGAGUUUUUGAAAGGGUUAUUUGUCGUUUCUGGUAAGGUAAGCGUGAUGCUGAAGGUUUUCACAGAUGUUUUGUCCGUUUGUCUGUUCGGGCCUAAGUUCUGCUAAGGUGUAUAUCGUAAGUGGUGAUGCUGUUGGAUGCGUCAAUAGGCACCCAUAGUGACUUGCUUGCGUGUAUGGUACAGUAUAGCAUAUUCCUGAUUUAAUUGCCUAACUUUAUCUUCAUGGGCUCUAGAACAUUCUAGUCAGAAUCGGGGUAUUCUUUUUUAGACGGGGUCAAGGGAGGGAGGAUUCAUGGGGAGGGGGAAGGAGAAGAAGACGGAAAAUAAUAAUAAUAAUCGGGUAAUCAGUGAUUAUUAUCGGAGGAGGAGGGGGAGACUACUCUCAUCAGAGAAAUUUCUCCGGAGCAUGAUAACGAUUGUAUUAUUUGGGCUUCGGUUUUUGAGAAGAUCCCAGUGAACAGCUGGGCCCAUAUAACCCCUGGGACAGUAAGGUCUCCAGACCCGAGAAGUGAAGGGUCAGGGUGGAAAGGGGUUAUACCGAGUGGGGUUGGUAAGUCUUCAGGGCAGGGAGGGCUGCCCUCGAGUCAAGUGGGCGUUAGAACCGGCGUGUGUUUGUAAGAUGUCAUGACGGAAGUCUACUAUUCUGUAUCAUACAUGAGAAGGCCAUCACAAGCGGGGUGUUGGUAUGACAGGCACGGGGAGUAAUCUGGUAUAGAAUUGUGGGGACGGAAAUCUACAUGGGCAUUACGCAUCCUUGACUUACAGGCCAUACUACUCUCCCACCAACCCAAUGGCACUUUCAGAAAGUUCCCAGGCGUUUAUACUAUUUUCGUUAUGUAUCGGACGAAGAAAAUUCGCAGUGAUGUUCCCAGUGCGGUUUGUCCACCCCCGGGAGGCAGUUAGCGAUCUCUCUCUCGAGAAAAAAAAACAGGCUUUGGCUGCCAUACCAACCCCUAACUAAAGUGGUCACGUAAUCGUCCGGGGGUUGACUGGGGCUUGGACUUGGGGAAUUCGGCAGCAUGACCGAUUGAUUGAUCUUCGUCUCCGUCAGGUGAAGCUUGCUCUUGCAGUCCUCCUUCAUCUCCCAUCUUCGUCUUCUUCAUAGCACUGGUCUGAGUCCGGCGAUAUACGUGCCUGCAUCUGCUCAUUGCGGGAGAGAGGAAGGCCCGGUGGUUGGGCAAUCCAUGUUUGAGAUACUGGCCCAGCCCGGUCGGCCAAGGGCUUCUGAUUUCCCGAUCUUGACCAUCUCAUACCUUCUAGAAAAGGCAAGUGUGCCCACUUCGAGCCUCUCUCAAUCCAUU